ACAUGUAUACUUUUAUUGACUUUUUGCUAAAACAAUUCUAUUGAUUUAAUAUUAUCGUCAUUGAUUAACGUCAUCAAUUAUAAAUGUUCCGUUGAUUUUUACACCUAUGAACUAUAUAAGAAGUAAAAAUUAACUAAUUUUUUUUAUCGAAGUUGUUAAACGAGUAGUUUACUCGUGUAAUAGUAAAUCAUGAUUUCGUUAAUAUUCAUAAAAUUGCUUCUAAUAUUUGUAUCGAGUACAAUUUCACAGAAAACAGUGCAAUGGAAUUUGAACAUAACUACACGAACUGUCGAGCCUUUAAUUCGAGAAAUUUCCGAACCAUUGACCAGUGAAAAAAUUAAAAAUCAAAUUUUCCAGUUUAAAACUCAUUUUGAUAUAAUAAUUAAACAAGGUACAACAUUUAAUUUAACGGUAGAGACACCAUCAAAAAUAGAAGAUUUAUAUUUCUACUGUCUUGCUGAUUCACCAUAUGAAAAAUUAAUUAUAUUAAAUCUUGCGGGAGAAACAAAUUUCACAAAAACUUUAACAACAAAUUUUGAUUGCGUUCCUAUGGUAUCUGUUUCAAUAAAUGUUCCAGUACAAAUGAUAAUUGAUACCAAAAACUGGUUAUCAUUGCCAAUUUACAAUUCUAAUGAUGUAUCACUUUCAACAUCACAAGAAUAUGAGUCUGAAUUUAACAAACAUGUACAAGUUUAUGGAUUUGUUCAAAAUUAUUAUAUACAAAUUUUAUUGUCAGCAAAUGAUAUUAAUAAUCUAAAAUUGCUUAAUUAUAGUUUAUAUAAUGAUUUGAAAGGACAGAUUAAUUUAAUACAGUAUGCUGAUUAUUUAGCUGGAUUGAAUGACAAUACAGAUAAAUAUAAAGAACCUUUUAUGAGACUAAUGGAUAGAACAACAUUUUUUGUACGUUCAGAAAAAUGUAACAAUGAUAAUUCUACACAAGUAUCGUCACAAUCAAUUUUACAAAGUGAUAAUAAAUCUUUUAAUUCUACAAACAAUGAAACUACACAUAAAUGUCCUGAGACAAAUAUAAACCGUCAUUUUAUUUCUGCUAUUAAUUAUGGAAUAAAUCUUAAAAAUUUGCAACUUAAGAACGUGACUGAAGAUUUAAAACCUGAUUCUCCUUUGAUGGAAAAAAUUAAUAAAACGGUUAAUGUCACUUUUAUCAUUGAAUCACCAAUUGAUUUAACAAAUUUUUGUCUAUAUUUGAAUAACGAUUGUCACACUAUUUUUGGGAAAGUCAUGAACAUCGAAUUAUUGCCAAAUGUUUAUUUAGUUUAUAUAUCAGAAAAAAUUCAUGGCAAUAAGUACAUCAGUGACGUAAUGAAAUAUAACAUUUCACAAAUUAUGUCAAUUAAUGUUGAAGUAAAUGAAAUUAAAAAAAAAAUUUCACACAAAAAAGAAAAUAACGAAACUGAAUUAAAUAAUUUUAAUUAUACAUUUGAUGCUUUAGGUCUUUCUGAUUACGUAUUUUUAAAAAUAUUUAUAAAUUACAAGAACAUGACAAUAGAAUUAAAGCAGUUGAUCAAAAAUAUUCAUGGAUAUUAUGAUUUAUAUUUUUCAAUAAGUUUAGAACGAAAUGGUUCUUCUAUUUUUGAAUAUAAAUUUUUUGGUAUUCCUGAAAAUGAUCAAAAGCUUAUUAAAAUUGUAGAGAAAUUUCAGUAUAAUGAUAUAAUUCAUAUUUUUCAUGCCGAACCAGAUCGUUUAAAUUCAAAUUUGGAAGGAUUUAAAAGUGAAGAACAAAACAAUAAUUUUCUAUUGUCAAAUAAAGGUUUGCAAAUCAUUAAAGACAACGAAACAGAAUUAAAUUAUUUAAAAUAUUCAUUCAAUGCUUUAAGUCUUAAUGAUAGGAUAUUUUUAAAAAUAUUUAUAAAUUACAAAACUAUGACAAUAGAAUUACAACAAUGGGUAAAAUAUGUUCAUGGGUAUUUUAAUUUAUAUUUCUCUAUCAGUUUAGAACGAAAUGGUUCUUCUAUUUUUGAAUAUAAAAUCUUUGGUAAUCCAAAAAAAAAUCGAAAGCUUAUUAAAGUGAUAGAGAAAUUCCAGUACAAUGAUAUAAUUCAUAUUUAUCAUGCUGAACCAGGUCGUCUAAAGUCAAAUUUGAAAGGUUUUAAUGCUAAAUCAAAAAAUAAUAAUUUUCUUCUUGCUGAUAAUGGUUUGCAGACCAUUAAUUAGCUAAAAAACAGAAUUAAAUAAUUUAAAAUAUUCAUGUUGUGUUAUGAUGAUAUAGGGUAUAUUUUUGAAAAUAUUUUUCAAUUAGAAAACUAUAAAAAUAGAAUUAAAACAUUAAUGAAAUGAGUAUUAAAAUAAUUUUUUUUUGGUUGUAAUGAAAAUGUUAAAUUUAAUUUAAAAUGGAAUAUAAUUAUGUUACAAUACAUUAUAUUAAUAUUAUUUUGCAAAUUAUAUUAGUACAUUGCAAGUUUGAUGACUUGGAAGCAUUCUAUUGGAAUUAGGUUAAAAAGUAGAUUAAUUAGGUCUAAUAUAAAUUAAAUACAUAAACUAUGAAAUGUACUGUAAUAGUGUUUCUUAUACAACAUUAAUAAUAUAAUUGUUAAUUUAUAAUUUAUGUGUAUAUGUGAAAUCUGUAAUUUGCAAUAAAUAUAUAUAUAUAUAUAUAUAUUAAAUGUACAUGUUAUUUCAACAGUUUAAU